CAUUCCCCAUCCUUCACGCCCUCAGGCCAGGGCCGGAUACUCAAGAAGGUGGCGUCUACACCGAUUGCUUCCGCUGAUUCUCCUCCAUCCCCAAUCGCCGAUCCUCCUCAUACCCCUCACGGCAGCGAUGUCAGCCAAACGCUUUCCUCGCCGUUGCAUCCGCGAGUAGCAGUCAUUCUGGGAGUCGACCGCAGAUGGCAUAUUCCACUAUUGGUAUGCCGGGCUCUAAGCACGCUGCCCGCAGCCUGGUGGGGACUCCGAUGCGCCUUCACCUUCUUGGCUGAACUGCUUCACAUUCAGUCCGGAAUGGGCCGUGAGGGCUGGGCUGCUGCGAUCGUGGGGAGUGUCGGGCAGGAUUGGGACGUUGAAAGAAGAUUUCGAGUCACAGAAGUUGCGUUGGCUAUCAUGUGGUGCUGUGCAUCCGCCUACCUUUCUUAUUUCUUCGCUGAUUGUAUGAUGUCCCGAUGGUACGUGAUUGUCAAGUCUCAACACCGAAGGGUCUUCGCUGCUCUCCUCUUCGCGAAGCCGUCGCUUUUGAACUACACUCCGCCCGCUGUCGUGAUCCGGCUUUUGACAACGAAUGGCCUCAUUGCAUAUAUCACAUCAUGGGUUCUCUAUUUGUCUGGCGCAUCGUCCGAUCCUCGGCUUCUUCUUCCCGCCUGGAUUUCCAUCACCACUACUCUGACUUUCGUUUACCAUGCCACACAAAACCACGCCAAAAUCAAACGAGAAACAGCAGCGUCCUUACUGGUCGUCUCCGCCGCCAGUUUUCUCAGCAUGUCUUCGCUCCUUCUUCAAUUGCACCUUACUCGGGAGAACGAACCCGAGGUUCCUGUCUUCGUGAUCACUCGCAAACUUUGGGACUGGGCUGUGACCAUCUUUUUGCGCAUGCGCGUCGCAGAUGGUCGAGCCACUGGCGAGUUGUAA